UACUUCUGUAAGCCAUGGACUUAAAGAUUUCCUUGAAAGAGUCCAUAAUUCUCAAACCAUGUCAACAAUCCAACACAAAAACUAUCCAACUCUCUGGUCUUGACAGGAUAUCUCCUGCAAUCUUUUACACCAUCUUCUUUUAUAAUGCCCCUCUCACUGAUGACAAACCUCUCAAGGGUGAAGAUCAAGUUGAGAGGAUAAAAGAUGGUCUGGAGAGGGUAUUAGUUUCAUGGUUCCCAGCAGCUGGAAGGUUUAGAAUCAAUAAAGAUACUGGGAAGCUGGAGAUUGACUGCAACGAUGAAGGCGUUACCUUCAUCUCUGCAUUGACAGAUUCCAAGCUUGAAGCGCUUGGAAAGCUGCAUGAAUAUAAACCAUGUUAUGAAAAGCUGGUUCCUCAACUUCCAGUAGUUGAAGAUAUAUCAGAGAACCCUCUUGUGGUGGUGCAGAUAACAAGGUUUGGUUGUGGAGGGUUUGCAUGUGGUUUUGGGGGUAGCCAUGCUUUGUUUGAUGGUGUUGGAUCAUUCAACUUUUUGUCAUCUUGGGCUCAUCUGUCAAGUGGGAAAUCUGAGUCUGAGCUUGUUGUACCCAACCAUUCAAGAGAUGCCCUUUUGGAUGCUCUCUUUUCUCCUGAUACAAUUGCAGUUGCUACUUCCAUUUAUGAACAAGACCAUAUUGCUGCUAUACAAGAUCUCUAUGGAAUUCCAAUGCAAGUCAUGGCAUCUGAUGAUAGAUGCUGGGAAACUGCACUUGCAACAUUUGGGCAACUUGAUCCACAAGGAGGACUUGAACUCUUAACUAUGUCCAUGAAGAAGGAAGUGGUAGAGAAACUUAAGGCCCUUGUCAUUGAAAGAGGCAAACUCUCCAAGUGUUCAACUUUUGAUGUCCUUUGUGCACAUGUGUGGAGGGCAAGAGUGAAGGCUCUUUCUCUACCUCCAAACACAAAUAUUUGUUUACAAUUCCCAGUGAACUCUAGAAACAGGCUUCAGCCACCGCUCGGCGAGAAUUACACCGGAAAUGCCUUUGUUCUAGCUUCAGUUUCAUGUCUAGUGAAGAAUUUGCUAGAAGAGUAUCUUCAUGACACAAUCAGGAGGAUUCAAGCAGCAAAAGUUGCAAUUACAGAUGAAUAUGUGAAACUUUAUGUGAGGGCCCUUGAAUCUACUGAUAAAUUCUUCCCAUCAAUGAGAGAGUUAACUAUAGUAACUGAUUGGCUGAAGUUUCCCUUCCAAGCACUUGAUUUUGGUUGGGGAAAGGUUUCUAAUGCUGCCCUCUUAUCUACACCAGUUCCUGAAACUGCUUAUCUAAUGCCAAACCUUGAAGAUCCUGGUGGGUUCCUAGUGAGAAUAGGGAUAGGAGCACAAGAGGUUGGAAACUUCAUCAAUAUCUUCAACAAUAACAGUUACUGAUAAUAUCAGUAACACAACUAAAACUUUUAAGUACUUAUCUGUAAUAGUCUACUAGUUAGUCAUUUCCUUAGUUCCUAGCUUGUUGUGUGUGU